GUGCGCACUCGAGCGAGCCAGCAGGAAGUGCUGAAGGUUAUUGUCCUUGGAAAGUUGCUCAGUCAGGCAGCACAAUGGGUUGCAGUAAUUGUUUACAGCUCGCUACCGUUUUCAGUCUCGCCCUGUGUUCUUUAGUCUGGGCAGAUAAUGAAAUGAAAUUUACUAUUACCAUUAGUCCUGGAGAAGAAUUGCCAAAUAAAACAAUCUACGUGAUCAAACACAAAAAUGUUACAUUCAGUUGCUCGAGCACGUUUCAACAGAAGCAGAACAUAUCCUGGAUCUUUGUUCAUCCAGAUUCAAGUCAGGAAGUUUUUACAAAUGUUGAGGGAGCACAUACGGAAUUUACACUUUUUGAUAUAGGUUAUGACAACCAGGGGAAUUAUACCUGCUCAAAAAACCUCAGUGAUACCAAAGAAGUCCUUGUCUACUAUCCACCAAAGGGACUUCCAGUGUGUCAUGCAUCAAUUUCAGAAGAUAACGUUCAGCUGUUUUGUUCUUGGAAUGAAGGAUAUCCCUAUCCGACACUUGUUUGGUCAAAUGAAAAUCAGGAACUCGGACCUGAUGGGCUAGCUGGGUCAAAUGAUACCACAGUACUAGAAAUAAAAGGUUCAAAUCUACGUGAUGGUCAAUUGUUUAAGUGUGUGGGUUAUCACAUUGCAUACGAACAAAGGAUGGAAAGGUCAUGCUCAUUGACAUUGAAGGCUCCACUUCCAGAGUCUCAACCUCUUGUAACUGGAUAUGUAGGGAAGAAUACAACACUGACCUGUCACAGUAAGGAAGGAAAUCCACCUCCCAAAUUGACUUGGUGGAGAAAUGAUGAGGUGGAAAUUCUCCCAAACAGUAAAUACAUAAUCUCAGAAGAAGGUGUUGUUUCAAGCUUAACAAUAUUGAUGCCCUCAAAAGAGGAGGAUGAAGGAAGAUACAUUUGCAAGAGUGAGAAUCCUCUGGGGAUUAAAGAGGUCGAAAUAUGGGUCUCAUUUAACACUAAAGUCAUUUCUGGAUUAGUUGGGGGAAUCACUAUUUUUGUACUCCUAAGUGCUGCAACAAUCUUUGGAGUUUUACUGUAUAAAAACUGGAACAAGUUAAUUACCAGAAGACAUUUUUGGCAAACUGGUUCUACUGUUUUUACCCUUGUGGACUCUGAGGAAGAGAAUGAUUUUGUGGAGGAGGGCUCAUCAGGAAUAACCUCUGUUAUUAAUCAUCAGACUGCUCAGACAAUGAAUGGUCAUGCUUCAGUGGAAGUUGCUUCUGAUGAUCCACAAACACCUACUAAAGAUCAGCUCCCAAAUAAGGAAAGAAAUGUAUCAGAUAUCUAAAGGAACAGAAGAAAUGUGAUUGCUUCUGUGCAAUAUUUUGAACCUUAAUGAGAAGUCUUCUGUGAAAGUGCUUUCAAACGAGCUCUGGUUGAACUAAUGUACUAAUUUUGACAUAUUUUAUACUCGUGUUACUGUAAAGUUUAGCCUGUUCUGGCAUAUGGGAACAAAUGACAAAUCAGCAUUCUGUAUUGCUUUUAAAACCCAGUACAUAGGCUGAAAAUGUACUAUACUUUGUACUCAGGAUGUAGCUAUGAAAGGUCCGUUUCAAGUAUUAGCUGUUUGUUUUUGUAUCUAACUUGUUGGUGUGUACCCAAUUUAGUUUGAGUUUAUGUGAAUGUGCUCUGUAUCUUAAUACUUUGUUCUCUAGUAAAUGUUUUACAUUCACACUGAAAAUUGUUAUUCACAAACAUUGCAAACAUAAUUUUAAACAUUUUUUUGUAAAAGCAACUCAUUUUUUUGGGAAGUGAAUACUUGUUAAAUUGAUACUGUGCAUUUUAGUUUUGUUCAGAGAUUAGCUUGUUUAUGCAAAUAGCAAUCCAAUUGUAUCAACUAAUAAAUAAUGUAUUUAGUUUUUAUUUGCUACUUGUAUAGUAUAGUCAGUAUGUCUCUCUUUAAUUAAACAAUUUGUAUUUAGUGUUUUAGAUUCUUGCAAAAUAAAGAUUUGUUUCUACAACAA